AUGACGUCACAUGGGGUUUUGCAACUGGGAUCACCCAUGUAUUUUUUCCUGCCCAGUUUGGCAUUCUUGGACAUCUGCUAAUCUGUGACCACACCCAAAAUGUUGGCUGACUUUUUCUCAUACCAUAAGACCAUCUCCUACAGUGCCUGCAUGGCCUAGCUUUUCUUCCUCCACUUCCUGGGAGCACCUGAAGCUUUCCUGCUCAUGGUCAUGGCCUAUGACCAUUAUGUAGCCAUUUGCAAACCUCUUCACUACACCAGGCUUGUGAACAGGGGGGUAUGCUGUGUCCUGGUUGGAGCUACAUGGGGUGUGGGCUUCAUCCAUGGCAUCAUUAUUUCCUCUCAGCAUCCACCUCCCUUAUGUGGUCCCAACAUCCUGGACAACUUCUGUGAUGUCCAUCAGCUGACCAAGUUGGCCUGUGCCAACACUUACAUAGUGGAGCUUUUGAUGUUCCCCAACAACAGAGUUGUUAUUGUUAUGUGCUUUACACUUCCCCUAAUCUCCUACACUGUCCUAUUGCUGAAGCUCCAGACACAGUCCUUCAAGGCAAAGAACAAAGUAGCCUCCACCUGUGUUUCCCACAUCAUUGUUGUUUUUGUUAUGCGUGGCCCAGCUAUGUAUACCUAUGACUUACCCUUCCAAGCUGUCCCAAUGGAAAAAGUUGUUGCUGUUUUCCAUAUGGUCAUCUUCCCCUUGACUAAUCCCAUGAUCUAUAUCCUGCGUAACAAGGAGAUCAAAGGCUCAAUGUGGAAGCUGGGAGAAUGUGCAAGUCACUGGAUGAUCUAG